AAUAAUAAUAAUAAUAAUAAUAAUAAUAAUAAUAAUAAUAAUAAUAAUAAUAAUAAUAAUAAUAAUAAUAAUAAUAAUAAUAAUAAUAAUAAUAAUAAUAAUAAUAAUAAUAAUAAUAAUAAUAAUAAUAAUAAUAAUAAUAAUAAUAAUAAUAAUAAUAAUAAUAAUAAUAAUAAUAAUAAUAAUAAUAAUAAUAAUAAUAAUAAUAAUAAUAAUAAUAAUAAUAAUAAUAAUAAUAAUAAUAAUAAUAAUAAUAAUAAUAAUAAUAAUAAUAAUAAUAAUAAUAAUAAUAAUAAUAAUAAUAAUAAUAAUAAUAAUAAUAAUAAUAAUAAUAAUAAUAAUAAUAAUAAUAAUAAUAAUAAUAAUAAUAAUAAUAAUAAUAAUAAUAAUAAUAAUAAUAAUAAUAAUAAUAAUAAUAAUAAUAAUAAUAAUAAUAAUAAUAAUAAUAAUAAUAAUAAUAAUAAUAAUAAUAAUAAUAAUAAUAAUAAUAAUAAUAAUAAUAAUAAUAAUAAUAAUAAUAAUAAUAAUAAUAAUAAUAAUAAUAAUAAUAAUAAUAAUAAUAAUAAUAAUAAUAAUAAUAAUAAUAAUAAUAAUAAUAAUAAUAAUAAUAUAAUAAUUAAUAAAAAUAAUAAUAAUAAUAAUAAUAAUAAUAAUAAUAAUAAUAAUAAUAAUAAUAAUAAUAAUAAUAAUAAUAAUAAUAAUAAUAAUAAUAAUAAUAAUAAUAAUAAUAAUAAUAAUAAUAAUAAUAAUAAUAAUAAUAAUAAUAAUAAUAAUAAUAAUAAUAAUAAUAAUAAUAAUAAUAAUAAUAAUAAUAAUAAUAAUAAUAAUAAUAAUAAU